UUUUUUUUUUUUUUUUUUUCAGUUUUUCUUCUUCUUUUCCUUUACAACCCCCCUCUCUCUUCCCAGUACAUUACAUGUUUAGAACUAUAAUAGCUCAACGUGUACCCACGGUUUUACCCCGUGUCGCCACCAGAGUCAUUUCACCUUCCAUGGCAGCUCGUUUAAGUUUUAGACGCCCUAUUUCAACUUCUGCCAGUCAAGCUAUUUGGAUCCCUUUUGAUAGAAAUUCUUUACCUGAAGACGACCCACGUCGCGCAGAGCAAUUCGAGGAUGAAACAGACGUUGUAAUUAUUGGUGGUGGUCCCUCUGGUUUAGCUGCUGCUAUUCGUCUUAAGCAACUUGCCAAUGAGGAAGGCAAGGAAUGUCGUGUCAUGGUGAUCGAAAAGGCCGGUGAAGCCGGUGCUCAUACCUUGAGUGGUGCUGUAUUAGAACCAAGAGCCUUGAAUGAAUUAAUCCCUGAUUGGAAAGAAAGAGGUGCCCCUUUAAAUACACCUGUCACCAGUGAUUCAAUGCGUCUCUUGACAAGUACAUUGUCAAUUCCUUUACCUCAUCCUCCUCAAAUGAAUAAUAAGGGUAAUUAUAUCGUUUCUCUUUCUAACUUUGUGAAAUGGCUCGGUGAGCAAGCAGAAGAAUUAGGCGUUGAAAUCUAUCCUGGAUUCGCUGCUAGUGAAGUCAAUUACAAUGAAGAUGGUAGUGUACGUGGUGUCAAUUUAAAUGAUGUCGGUUUGGACAAGAACUUUGAACCCAAGGAUAAUUAUGAAAGAGGUAUGGCAGUAAAGGCAAAGGUGACUUUAUUCGCUGAGGGUUGUCAUGGUUCUCUUACCAAGACAUUGACAAAGAAAUUCGGUUUGCGUGAUGAGAGUGGACCUCAAAAGUAUGGUAUUGGUAUUAAGGAAGUUUGGGAAGUCUUGCCCAAAAACCAUAAGCCUGGUUCCGUUACACAUUCCGUAGGCUGGCCUGUAGAUAUCCAUACUUAUGGUGGUAGUUUCAUCUAUCAUUUCGAGCCUGAGCGUCAUCUUGUUACCGUCGGCUAUGUUGUCGGUCUUGAUUAUACCAACCCUUAUUUAAGUCCUUACAAGACAUUCCAACAAUUCAAGCAUCAUCCUUCAAUCGAGAAGGUAUUAAAGGGCGGUAAAUGUAUUUCUUACGGUGCAAGAGCGAUUAACGAAGGUGGUUAUCAAUCUAUCCCUAAACUUGUUUUCCCUGGUGGUGCAUUGAUUGGUUGUACUGCUGGUUUCUUGAACGUUCCUAAAAUUAAGGGUACUCAUACUGCCAUGAAGUCCGGUAUGCUUGCUGCUGAAUCUGCUUAUGAAAAAAUAUUCGGUGCCGAGGUUGAAGAGGAAUUGACCGAGCCCAUUCUCCUUGACAACUAUGAAGAGAGCAUUAAGAACUCUUGGGUUUACAAAGAACUUUAUGAGGUUCGUAACAUUCAGCCUUCUUUCCAUAAUCCUUUGGGUAUGUGGGGUGGUAUGAUCUACGCUGGUAUCGAUUCUUUAUUCUUAAAGGGUCGUACUCCUUGGACAUUCAAGCAUAAAAAGGCCGAUUGGGAGGUUAUGAAGACAGCAGCUGAUUCAAAGCCUAUUGAUUAUCCUAAACCCGAUGGUGUAAUCUCGUUUGAUUUAUUAACCAGUGUCUCCCGUACUGGUACAAACCAUGCUGAAAACCAACCUGUUCAUUUACGUCUCCGUGAUGAUAAAAUUCCCGUCGAAAGAAAUUUAGCCGUAUUUGAUGGUCCUGAAAACAGAUUCUGCCCCGCUGGUGUCUAUGAAUACGUGGAUGAUGAGAAUAAGGCUGGUGAAAAACGUCUUCAAAUCAACUCUCAAAACUGUAUCCAUUGUAAGACUUGUGAUAUCAAGGAUCCCUCUCAAAACAUCGAUUGGACUGUCCCUGAAGGUGGAGGAGGACCCCAAUAUACUUGGACUUAAUCGUAUUCCCUACUUUUUGUAAUAGAAGCUUCCCUUUCUCUUUCUCUCUCUCUCUUUUUUUUUGCUGUUUCUGCCCAUUCUUUAAAAAAUAAAAUUCUUAUUAUUCUCUAUCCUAAUGA